CCCGCCGUGCCUGUGCGCGCGCGGACCGGAUGCGUUACAUCCUGCGGGACAAAGAGCUGCUCUGUUUCCCCUCCACACACACGCACUCACGCACACUAGAGCAGCUAGAGUUUGGCUCGUGCACUUGGACUUGAGGCGCCACUUCUGACUUUUUACAGCUUCAGUGUUUUUAAAUAAAAUAUAAAAUGAAAUCUACGAGGACAUCCAUUUAUUGUGCUUUGUGCUGGAGAAUGUACUGAGCACUCUACGUAGCACGCACACACGCACCACACACGCGCACACACGCACACACAAACAGGGGCUCGGAGUGUUUAACUCACGGAGUUAAAGGUGUGAGUGAAACAGGUCACAGGCAAGCUUUUCUCAUUUACAUCCAUAUGCUGAUUAGUCAUUUUCUGUUGGCUACAGUCAUGCUGAUUUGCAUAUACAGGGACGUUGACGUUCUAUUUAUCGCUCUGUUUCCCCCGCAGGAAUUUCAGAUGUGUUCACUUUCGCUCCAGAGAUCUUCACAACCCUUUUUUGAGCAACAAUGGAGCCGAGAGCCCAGGACAGCGACAGUGGCCUUCUCUCGCUCCAUCAGAUCCAAACUGUCCACUCUUCCAAUGAGUACAUCGAGAGUCCUUCGACCUGGCCCCACCCACGAAUCUCUGUCUCAACCCCUGAAGAAGGUGCUGGGCUAGGUCCAGAUGAUUACAAUCAGGAUUCUUCACAUUCACCUCGAAGUCCUCAGUGGUCCACUGACACUGGACCAUCCUCAGAGCAAGGGACUGUAGGACACAAAGGUGAAACUGUAGUAAAGGAACAGCUGGAGAAAUUUGACCAGGAAGUGCAGAAGGAACUCUGUGAGAUAUCCACUCAGGAACUAAGCUUUCUGGGAAAUUUGGGCAAAAAAGUGACAGCAGUAGAGGAACAACCGAGGAGCUUUGAAAUGAAACAGGAAGCGAAGGAGUUGGGUGGAAGUUUUAUCUCAGAGCAGAGGAGUCUGGGAAGUGUAGGCGAACUAGAUGUUGCAAUACAGGAGCAACCCAAAAGCUGCGACUCAAAACAGGAAGAGCUAAAGCUGCUGGGAAGUGCUACCACAGAUCAAAUGCAUUUAAAAUUGGAACCAAAACAGGAAAUGACAAAGCAACACAACAGGAAACACCCAAGCACAUGUGAUCGCUGCAGCCGAUGCAAGUGCAGGGAUUGCACCGUUGCCACGCCCCUUCCGACCUGCUGGCUGUGUGGGCGUCGCUGCUUGUGCUCGGCCGAGGCACUGGUGGAGUAUACCACGUGUGUGUGCUGCCUCAAAGCGCUGCUCUACCACUGCUCCAGCGAUGACGAGGACUCCAGCGCCGAUGCCCCGUUUUCCUGCCACAAGUCUCGGAGGUGUACUCGAUGGAGUACGGCAGCAGCCAUGGCAUUUGUCCUGCCAUGCCUGUUGUGUUACGGCCCUGCCCAAGGCUGCCUGGCACUCUGCCAACUAUGCCACAACCACACCCACCGGACCGGCUGCAGAUGCAAGAGUCAAAACGUGACUCGCGACUCGUGAUUUGUUUUUAUUUUGUUGUUUAGACACUGAUGGAGAUGAUGUUUGUUUGUUAUAUGUUUGUUGAUUGUGUGUUCUUUUUUAAUAAUAGGAUGUGGCAAGCCAUGACUCAUAGUUUUUAAUUUGGACUCACUGUUUUUAGUUCUGACUGCAUAUUAUUCUUUUAAAAAAAAAACAUUAUUAUUGUUGUUGUUGUUUUUUUUUGUUUUGGCUUAUUAUUUUCCAGUGUUCACUAAUUAUUUUUAUUUAUUUAUUUUUAAUUAUAUAUUUUAUCAUUAUUUUUUUAGUUCUGACUCAUUGUUUUUAGUUUUGACUGAAUUUCCUCGUGUUUGUUUUUUAUUUGUUUUUUAUUUGGGAAAUUGUGAAUGUGGGACAGUACACUGACAGUGCUGUAACAUUCACUUUUCCAGGCUAUUUUUGGAAUUUUAAAUUUUUAUUUUUGAUUUGUGAUUGUUGACGUACAUUCUGCACUGUAGACCAAGAAACGUGACAGAGUGGAAAGUGGUCUGGAUGUAUAUUUUUUGUUUGCAUUGUGGUGUGAUUUGGACACACAGAGUCUUAUUUGUUUCUUUGAUGUAUUUUGUUGUUGUCUUGUUAAUUUAUCUUUUGACACAAUAUAGUUUUUACACUGUGGAUCAGUGGUUCUUAACCUUUUUGCGAGUGCAACCCACUUUUAUGAAUUACAUUGUUUUUAAAUGAUUUUCUCUGUUUACAUUCGUUUAAAAUAAAAGUUUUCCUGUGACUCCCCAGGAGUGGGGGGGUUGGGGGGGGUUACAAAUCGGUAGCAGGGAGGUUGCUGGAAAACACAGAAAAUCAUUUUAAAAAUCCCAGGUUAAGAACUGCUGCUGUAGAUGAAAGAAAGCAAAGUGUGAAUCAUCGAGACUCAUUGCAUCUGAUUUCAUGCAUCUGAUUAAUUUUACCUCAGGAAUUUGAAUAUUUUUGACCCAUGAAAUUGAUUCCAUUUGCCUUAUGAUUGUUUUUGACUAAUGAAUUUGAUUCUUUUUAAAGGUUUGCAUUAUGCAUUUUCACUUUGUUUUUUUCUCUUUUUAAACUAAUGUCAAAACUACCGUUUAUUAAUGUGUGUUGAUAUAACCAGCAAUAACACUUUUUACACUUUUUACAAAAUUACACCUAUUUGUAAGUUGGUAAUUUGAAGAGUUCCUCAGAGACGGUCUUAUUUUUAUACAUCUGAGCUGUGAAAAAGUGUCAUGUCAUACCUGGACACCUCGACAGAUCUUUAUAUAUAAAACAUUUAUGGUGCAUUUAUUAGUGUUGUACAUACACUUUAAAUAUUUUUGCUUUAUGUGUUAUGAAUUAUUCCUGGAGCAAUACUUGUAAAAUUGUACAGUGAAAGAAAUAUGAUCUAAUUUUUUAUUUGUUUGGUGUAAAGGAUAUUUAUUUUACGUUUUUAUUGUGCAAAAAAUAUUUAUUUUUACAGAGGCAACAUUGAGAAAUGCUGUAAAUAAUGCAAAGUGUGCCAUGUGUGAAGCUCAUAUUCAUUAUGAAGUAGAAAAUAUAUUUACGUUGUUGAAAAUGAACUGAUGCUGUUUUAAAAAAAAAAGGUCUUUUUUUCUUGCUGCUUUUGUAACAUCCGAUUACAAAGAGGCAUUGUGGAGAAUUUCUGUGGCUUUUGUUUCUGAGAUCUACUCUCGGGUCACGUUUCAGAGGGCAGAACAGCCACUAGAGCGAACACCUGGUGCUUACACAACCUCACAUAUGGAGACCUGGUUUAUUUUGUCACUUAUCGUAAACUAACUCAGUCACAUUCAUGUGAUUUAUGGAAUAUAAAACACUUUUUUGUGGUCUGUUCUGAUUGACAGGACAGGUAAGGAAUAACACAAUUGGGGGCGUGCUCUUAUAGGAAAAUAUGCUGGGGUGGUGUGAUUUGGAAUUACUACCCCAAAGAUUAUUUUCCAAGAAUGCCCCCAAGUGUUUUAUUCCUCUUAUGCCACAGCAAUUUUAUAACUAUUACAAUUUAAUAUUUAUUAAAGAACACACAUCAUGCAUUGUAUCCAUUUAUAGACCAUUUCAUGAAACAAAUCUUCAUGAGCGCAAGAAGUGAUGUCACUGUUCCUAGGGCAUAUCAGGUUGGCAGUAAACAGCGUUCACAACCAAGAACCUUGCCUAAUUGGAUAAUAAGAGAGAUUUAAAACCAGAGGCAAUGUGAAUUGCAUGUCCUAUCCUAAAUGGGUGAAUACUCAGUUGUGCAAUGCAUUUAUUUACCAAACAUAAAAGCUAAACAAUUAUUCGCUUGCAAUUUACUUGGAAUUACAUAAUUUUUUAGCUCUGUAAGUUCAACUUACAAAGUGAGAUGACCGCAUAUUCAUUGUUUGUUAGCAACAAGCUAGCCAGCUUACUGUGAUGCCUGUGAUGUUUACUGUAAGGCUGCAACUAAUGAUUAUUUUAAUACUUGAUUAGUUGACCGAUUAUUAUUAUUAUUAUUAUUAUUUGUUUAUUUUCGAUUAAUCGGAUGGGGGGACUUUCAGUGCUAUUUUUAUUGUUUAUUACAAACUGAGUGUUACAGAUAUAAACUUCAGACUAAAACUUUGCACAACUGUUUGUCCAAAAACUGGAAAGAACCCAAUACACACAGACACACACCAGAAUGUAUAUUAUUAAUUUAGUACUGUAGUUUAAUUCAGUGCUUUUUGUGCAUCCAUAAAUAAUAAUGCAUAAAUACUUAAAUACAUAAUGUAAACUAAAAUAA